AGGCACCUUGCCCGGAUCUGGGCCUUGAGUCAAAGAUGGCAUUCGGGAACCAUCUUUCGAUGCGAUUCGCCGAGAAAGCCUCUGAAUAACCGGAUAUAAUUAUCACCACCACUCAACACUUUAACUACCGCCGCCGCGCCCUCAUUAACUAUGGCGCCCGCGCUUUGCGUCAACUGCAAAACUGAGCGAGCGCUGAUCAAACGGCCCAAGAACCACGCCAAGCUCUGCAAGACAUGUUUCAUCACUAUCUUCGAGGAUGAAGUUCACCACACCAUCACAUCAUCACAGCUGUUUCACCGAGGAGAGAAAGUGGCAAUAGGAGCGUCUGGCGGCAAGGAUUCGACAGUUUUGGCCUCGGUUCUUAAGACGUUGAAUGAGCGUCAUGACUAUGGCUUGGAUCUGGUUCUCUUGAGCAUAGACGAAGGGAUCAAAGGCUACCGUGAUGACUCGCUGGAGACGGUCAAGCGGAAUGCAGUUCAGUACGAUAUGCCUCUCACAGUGGUCGGGUAUGAUGAGCUGUACGGUUGGACGAUGGACCAGGUCGUCGAGACGAUCGGCAAGAAGGGAAACUGCACAUACUGCGGCGUCUUUCGUCGGCAGGCACUCGAUCGCGGCGCAAAGAUGCUCAGCAUCAAGCACGUCGUGACGGGCCACAACGCUGAUGACGUCGCCGAGACGGUCCUCAUGAACCUCCUCCGAGGCGACCUGGCGCGCCUCUCACGAAGCACUAGUAUCGUGACUGGAGACAACCGGUCCGAGGUGAAGAGAAGCAAGCCCCUUAAGUACUCGUACGAGAAGGAAAUCGUGCUGUAUGCUCAUCAUAAGAAGCUCGACUACUUCAGCACCGAGUGCAUAUACAGCCCCGAGGCAUUUCGUGGCAGCGCCAGGAGUCUCAUCAAGCAGUUGGAGAGGGUGCGUCCGACAGCCAUUCUCGACAUUGUCCGAAGUGGCGAGGACAUGGCGAGGCUGGUUCCCGGAGAGUCGCCGUCGUCCUGCGCUUGCAAGGGACAAAAGACAUCGCCUAUGGUGUCUGGGGAGGAUGACAUUGGUGGAUGCGGCUCGCAAAACGGACGUACAUCGGGGAACGAGAUGGCUGCUAUGGACAAGCAGCUAAGGGAGAAUGAAGCGCACGAAGGGCUCGAGGUCGACGUCGCAAUGGCUAUGUCUGAGAGCAAGAAGACCGGCGCUAAGAAGCAGAAGGAGCUUCCAAUAAGGAGCGGUAACGGAACCUCGAAGAAUGCCCCUCGGCAGGUCCGUGGUAACUGCAGCCGCUGUGGCUACAUGUCGAGUCAGGAAAUCUGCCAGGCAUGCAUGCUCCUCGAAGGUCUGAAUAAGAACCGGGCUCAGAUCCAAAUAUAGGUUUCUGUACAGGGGGAAUGUGGAUGAAUGGUACGAAACUGACGGCUGUCUGUGGUGUCUAUGUAUGGGUGCGCUCGGCUGUCUCCUGGGUAACCCCUCAUUUGUCUGCCGCAGGCGUCUUGACUUCGUUGGUUUAUGACAUCCUCCUCUCGACUCUCCAGGGGUUGUUUAAUUCGAACCCCCGCGGCGCUAUGGGGUUGUCUGUUUGCCCUCGCAAGUAUCCAGUAAGCCUCCUGUCGCGGUCCAUCACUGCAAACAAAUGUCAGCACACCGAAUGGCAAUAUUUCCCUUAAAUAUGAAGCUUCAAUCGUACUUUGCUGUUAAAGAGUUAGCAAUUCAUUCAUUCAGCGGCUCCCUCGAACAGUAUCUCGACCUACCUUAUCCCACUGGUCAACCGACC